GUACAAUGUACAUGUCUAUAACACACAUAAGACACACACACUAGUUGUAACUUACAAGUUACAAUGCUUAUGGCAAAGUCAGGGAAACAGAAAAGCACAUAAGCUUCUUCGGAUACAGAUCCUCCUUUUCAGGAAUUUUCGUGUCUGCAGGCUGUAGCUAAACCAUAUCUGCCUCGCUUUCUGGUUUCUGGAAGAUUGCAGUUUUUCAGGAUAAGUUGAGAGAUGGAACCACAACAAGAAAUGGAGUGGAAUGAAGCCCAAAAGAUUCCAAUAAGCGUGGACCUCGUGGUUGUGGCAAAAAAGCAGCUUCAGUUCCUUGCAGCUGUUGAUAGGAACCGUCACCUCUAUGAUGGCCCUACCCUUGAGAGGGCUAUCUAUAGGUACAAUGCUUGUUGGCUUCCCUUGCUUGCCAAGCAUUCUGAGUCUCGGAUUUUUGAAGGGCCUUUGGUAGUUCCUCUUGACUGUGAAUGGGUUUGGCACUGUCACAGGCUCAAUCCGGUUAGGUACAAAACUGACUGCGAGGAACUUUACGGACGGGUACUUGACAACUUUGGUGUUGUCUCUACUGUAGAAGGAAUUUAUGGCAGGCAAACUGAAGAAAUCUGGAAUAAAAUGUACCCUCAUGAACCCUACAAUGCUGAUUUAAUUAAUCUUCUCCCAGAGGAUAUGUCUGCAAGGAUUUCUAGGCUUGAAAAAUAUACCAAGUAUGAUCUGAUUUCAGCUGCUAAGAGGCAGAGUCCGUUCUUUUACCAGGUAUCAAGACCCCACGUGAAUAAUGAUCUCUUUAUCGAGGAAGCUGUGGCCAGAUACAAAGGGUUUCUGUAUCUCAUCAAGAGAAACAAGGAAAAGGGUAUAAAACGCUUUUGUGUUCCGACAUAUGAUAUUGACCUAAUCUGGCACUCUCACCAGUCACAUCCAGUUUCUUACUGUAAAGACCUCAAUGAAGCACUUGGAAAAAUAUUGGAACAUGAUGAUACAGACUCAGACAGAACUAAAGGAAAGAAACUGGAUGUUGGUUUUUCUGGAACCACCAAACAGUGGGAAGUCACAUUUGGUACAAGAUAUUGGAAGGCUGGAGCAAUGUAUAGGGGUAAUGCGCCAUCUCCUAUCACUAGUAACCCUUUUUCAUCUAGCAUGACUUGCAAGAAGUUUAUUUCUUCGAAUGAGUACCCACAAGAAAUUUCACUACCAGAUCGGAAAGUUAUGGAGGUUUUCUUGGAGUUCAUUGGGGUUAAAAACUUACCAGAGGGACAAGAAGGAGAUCUCUAUGUUUUAUUUUCCAAAUCACGGCCUGAUGCAUUCUUUGAUGCUAAAAGGAGACUGAGUAUUUUAUCAGUGUCUAGAGAGAAACAGGUUGCAUCUUUCCAGUGUGAACCUACAGGAGAGCUGCUUUUUGAACUCAUAUCCUCCACUACGUCCAAGUUAUCAAUAAGAAAAUCAACAAAGACACUUGGUUCUGCUUCUUUCUCUAUGAAAAACUAUCUUGACCCAGUUUCAAAACUCCAUGUUGAGAAAUGGUUGGAAUUGAUGCCAAGUUCUGGUACCAUGAGCUCAAAGCCAAUCUUGUUACGAGUAGCCAUCUCAUUUACUGUUCCGGUUCCUUCCCCAUAUACAGUAGAAAUGACUCAGUCUCGUCCAUUUUCCAAAAAUACCUGUCUCUUCAACCUUCCUGUUAAGCCACAGCAUGUUAAGAGCUGGACACAUGUCACAAGUGAAAAUGGCACCGGAAUCAUCAGCCUUCAAAUGAGGGAUUUGAAGAAUGCAAAGAACAUAGGAAACCCUGGAAAGGAGGUUGUUGGCCUCAUGAAGUCUGGCGAAAGUUGCACUCUUGCUGAGUUUACAGAAAAUGGUUGGUCUGUUUUGGAGAAUCUUUGGUUGCUUCAUCUUCCAAACAAAUGCACAGACUGUGGCCAUCUCUUCGAGCUUAGUGGUGCCAAGACGGUGAAAAUAUUUCCCGGAAGAAAGCUAGACUAUGAACCGAGACACAAUGGGAGACGGGGAAAUGAAAUGAACUUCCUAACAGCAGUUGAAUUCUCCACAGAAGAACCUUAUGGCAAAGCAGUAGCAUUACUUGACUUGAGAUCUAGACUUGUCACGGCAAAGGAAAAGUGGAUGGUGCUGCCUGGAAUCAUUUUGGCUUUUAUUGCCUCUAAUACAAUGAAAAAGGAAGGAUAUGAAGGCAUCAUUGCUAUGAGCAAAGAUUUGAAGAUGAAUGGACCAAAUGAGGAAAAUGAAAGGACAGUCUUGAAUGGAAUGGGGUUGAGUUCUAACGUGUGCAAUGAAGAUGAUGGGAUAAAAAAUAAGCCUGGACUUUCCAGUGGAGGCUGUGGCAUGGGCUGUGGGAAUGCCGUGGAAAGUGGCGGCUGCGGAGGCUGUGGUGCUGGUUGUGGCGGAGGCUGUGGUGGAGGGUGUGGAAGUAUGGUGAAGAGUAGUGGUUGCGGUGGUUGUGAUGGUGGUUGUGGUGGAGGCUGUGGAGCUAUGAUUAAGAGUGGUGGUUGCGGUGGUUGUGGUGGUGGUUGUGGAGGUUGUGGUGGUGGUUGUGGAGGAAGCUGUGGAAACAAGCUUGAGAGUAGUGGCUGUGGUGGUUGUGGGGGAGGUUGUGGUGGUGAUCUUGUGGAUACUAAAUGUGGUAUUGAUGAACAUUUCAACGAGGAGCUAAAGUAUGUGAAUGAAGCAGCAAUCACUGCAUGAAGCAUCAUGUUUCAUGAUUAUGCAUGUCACCAUUGUGUGUAUUUAUAUAGAGUAUUGUCUGUGUAAAGUUUUUUUACACUGACAACCAAUCAUAUCUUUUAAUAGUGACAAGUCAGUUACUUAUUAAUGAAAUAAUAAUAAAAUAAGUAACUUUAAAAGA